AAUUACAAUAUAACUUCUCCCAAAUGGAUGAAAAACUGACUAUGCUCGAACUUUAGCAAAUCAGUAUAUGAUUAUACAAAAAUUAGACAAAUAACGUAAGAGCUUAGUCCGGCUCUGAACAAAUCGGAGCGCAUGCGCAAUACACAUCUUGUCCAAAUGUCAUUUUAAGUUUUUCGCUUUCCAGUAUUAUUUUUUAUUUGGUUUGCAGAAAAAAUGUCACAAAAAUGUUUCCCUUGAUUUUUGACAUAUUUAAUGAGGUGAAAAGCUUAUUCUUAAGGCAAAGUUUGAAAUGGUGCAAUUCUUACGAAUCUAUUUUAGCGACAAUGUGGAUAUGGUCCAUAUUAUUUUUCUAUGGAGCCUUUAUGGCCAUGCUAAAGUUAAUCGACAAACUGUUCCCAAAUACCAGGGUCGUUGAUCAGCUAUGCAAGUUUAUAGAAGAAGGUGAUACAGUAAUGUCCGUGAAAUUACUGGAGAAAUAUCCUAAAUAUAUAAAUGCAUAUAAUAAUAUGGGUUAUACACCAUUUUUGGUUGCCUGUGCAAACGGACAAGCACAAAUUCUCAAGCUGAUGUUGAAAAAGGGUGCAGACGUGAAACGAAAAUCCAAACAAUUCGAAUCUGCUUUCUAUUUGGCUACCUUCUACUACAUCAAGAACCCCCACAUCAAAAACGCAACCUGUAUUCGAGACCUGUACUACGCAGGUGCAAAUAUCGAUGAACCUAAUGCUAAAGGCUUAACGCCAUUGCAGAUGGCCGCCAUGUUUGGUCAUACACCUUUGGUAAGAUGGCUGCUUCAGAAGAACGCAACGGUUGUAAGUGCGCCUGAUCCAUACAUGUUAGCCUUGUCUCAAGGGUACCAGGACACUGCUACUGUUAUACUGACGCAUACACAUAAAAAAUUCAUCCAUUAAAGUAAGUUCAAAAAUAAAUUUGAUUUCACUUGUUUUAUUUCAGUUUGUAAAAUUUCCCUUUCCAAUAUACAUAUGUAUCGAAC